GGGAGAGCAGAUAUAGUGAAUGCAGGUUCUGGGGAGAGCAGAUAUAGUGAAUGCAGGUUCUGGGGAGAGCAGAUAUAGUGAAUGCAGGUUCCGGGGAGAGCAGAUAUAGUUAAUGCAGGGUCCGGGAGAGCAGAUAUAUUGAAUGCAGGGUCCAGAGAGAGUGGAUAUAGUGAACGCAGGGGUCCGGAAAGAGCAGAUAUAGUGAACGCAGGGUCCGGGGGCGAGCAGAUUUAGUGAAUGCAGGGUCCGGGGAGAGCAGAUAUAGUGAAUGCGGGGUCUGGGGAGAGCAGAUAUAGUGAAUGGGUCCGGGGAGAGCGGAUAUGGUGAAUGCAGGGUCCAGGGAGAGCGGCUAUAUUGAAU